UCAAUGGCCAAAGAACAUUUUUUUUAAGUUAUACACAAUAUAUCUUCACUUUUUUAUUUUAUUUUUAAUGCAGGUUCACAUGGCAAUCAGUCUUAUAGUUUCAUGAAAUUCCAUUCGGGCUUCUAGAAUGAGGUAUUGACUGAUGGGAAUAUAGAAGAUGCAUAGAAAGUGAAGAGUGCCAUUGUAAACGGACUUGUUCCAGGAACAAAGUAAAUAUGAUUUCCAGAUCUCAUUAUUAAUCUACACAGAAAUGAAAGUUGACCUGGACUUUGUGUGGAAGAGGGCACGAAAUUGGGUGCAGUGAUAAGGAUUGUCAACCAUGGAAUCUUCUUGUGCUUGGAGCUGUGCCUGCCCUAGUUGUGCAAUUGCCAAGAGGCAUGACAGAUGGGGAAUUAGGGCACUUUGGGUAGAUCUGAUAUGACCUAAUUAUAUAUAUAUUCUGAUGAUGGAUCCGAAACAUCGGUUCAAGCACAAGAUUUUCCAUAAAUGUAUUUCUAAUAUUAUGGACCCUGGAAGACUUAGAUCUUUGAGUUAAAGCGAUGGAGAAGUUCAGGCGACGGAAGACUCGCCAAUUGAUAGGGUUUUUGGGCAUAGUUGCUGUCGGAACGAGCAUUCUUGCUGAAUUCUUGCGAACUAAGAAAGAAGAAGUAAAAUAUGAUUACAGAGGAUGCAGCCUCCCAGGAAGCCCUGCUUUGCCCCUGGGAAUCAUAGCGGCCAUAUCGCUCUGCAUUGCUCAAUUAUCUGCAAACAUAAUGGGAGGCUGUAUAUGCUGCUGCACUAGAAAUCAGUUCACUACUCCAUACAAAUCAGUCCCCAUCGUUUGUCUCACCCUUUCAUGGAUCAGUUUUGUGUUUGCAAUAAUUUUAUUAAUGGCGGGAUGUGCACUAAACCAGCAUCAACGGCGAUGGCUGAACAGUGAUUGCUAUGUGGUAAAGCCUGGUAUUUUUGGAGGAGCUGGUGCCCUGUCCUUUGCCACUACAGUAUUUGCUAUGAGCUAUUAUGCACUGAUGAGCGGCCAUGAAGCAGAGGAUUUAGGGUUGCUUUCAUCGGUAAUGCCCAUAGCCACGCCCAAGCUCCUCCCCAUCUUCAAUUCAGACAAUUCUUCAUCAACUGCUCGCUCAGGGUUGGGAAUUGAACUCAACCCUUCUGACAACAUACAAAGUAAUCUGAAACAGCAGCUACCCAUUUGAAACGACAAUUUUUUUUAUUGAAAACUUGUUAUUAUAUUCAUUACAAAUAAUAAAUGUAAGAUUCUAUGAAGAUGAUCUGUUAAAAAAUGUUACAUAACCUUCUUCCCCUGCCGCAUGCAAUUUGGAAUCAAACUCAAUGCUCUUGUCAGGCCACACAAAAUAAACCAGAAAUAAAUUCUCCUGUAAUUACCCUUGUUGAAGUACAGUUUUUUCAAUUUGAAAGUUUGUCAUUAUAUUUA